GCGCGAUCCUUUCCCGCCUCGCCAUGUCCCUGUCCGGCUCCCGCGCCCCGCUCCUAGAAGAUGACUUCCAGUUCCUCCUUUGCGAGGGCUGCCGGCAGGAAUCGCCCAACCUCAAGCUCCUCACCUGCCUCCACACCUUGUGCCUCGGUUGCCUGGGCAAGAAUGAGCCUGUCAGGCAGUGCCCCGUGUGCUGCACGGCCAUCCCGCAGGCCAGCGGCAUCCCGGACAUGGACAACCUGCUCUUCACCAACCUGCAGGCCCGGCUGAGGGUCUACAAGCAGAUGGUGGAUGGAGUUGACUUGUUUUGCAACAACUGCAGGAAAUCAGGGGAGUUCUGGUGCUCCGAGUGCUUCGAGUUCCUCUGCACCAAGUGCUUUGAGGCCCACCAGCGCUACCUGAGGUGGGAGAGCCACAGAGCCAAGAGGGUGAUGGACAUCAGGGCAGGGUCUGCAAAAGACUUCCUGGAGGGGAGCAGGAGGACAGGGAGCUUGUCCUGUUUCAACCCAGACCACAAGAGCCAGCCUGUGAGCAUCUACUGCCAGAGGUGUGAGAAGGCACUGUGCUGCUCGUGCGCGCUGCUGGACAACCAGCACGCACCGUUCUGCGACAUCCGCAGCGAGACCCAGCGCAGGCAGGAGGAGCUGAGCUCCAUGGAGCGGGAGCUGCGGCGGCGCCGGAGCGGCUUCGAGGCCGCCUACGUGUCCCUGCAGGGCGAGGCGGCCCGGCUGGAGGAGGCGCAGCGGGAGAUGCGGGAGCUGAUCCGGCAGCGCGUGGAGCAGCUGGUGCGGCUGAUCCGGCAGGAGGAAGAGGAGCUGUUGGGGCUGGUGGAGGCGCGUCAGGAGCAGGGCCGGCGGGAGCUGGCGCGGGAGCUGCGGCACGUGGAGGGGGUGCUGCGGCGGAUGGAGGCGGGCGAGAGGCUGGUGGAGAAGAUGAACCUCUACGCCAUGGAGCAGGAGGUGAUGGACAUGCAGCCCUUCAUCAAGGGCUCGCUGCAGGAGCUCCAGCGGCUGCAGCUGCCGGCAGCUGGGGACCAAGCGGAGCCUGGGCCCUUUGCCGAGUGCAAGGCCAGGCUGCAGGUGCUGGUGGAGCGUGUCACAGGGCACCCAGGUACCUCCACUUCCCGGCACAACUCUCUGUCUGAUGAGAGCAUUGUGAUCCUUGACCUCAAGCAUCCCGGGGAGGAUUGCCAACCACAAGCAGAUCUCCCUGUGGACCUGCCAGCCCACAGCCAGCCCUGUGCGCCUGUGCCAGACCCCUCUGGUGGCAGAGAACACGUGUGUCCAAACCAGGAGGGGGAUAUGUCCCCCACCCUACCCAAGACUCUUCUGAUUCAGAGGGAGGAAGAAGCAGAGGAAGACUCAGGCUCAGCCUAUGGGGACACUGUGCCUCUUUCCAGGAGCAUCCAGGACUCUCUGGCCUCCCUGCAGGAAGGUUUUGGUGGCUGGGCCAGGUCCAACAUGCAGCAGGCGGACAAGUUCCUGAGGAUGGGCACUCGCCUCCUGCAAGCUCAGCAGAGGGCAAACAGGCACCUAGUGGCCAUGACCCAGGAGAUCCGGGCCAUGUCCCAGUCCCUGGCCACCAUCUCCUCUGCUGUGGGACCCCUGCUGCAGCUCGUGGCCUGCCCACAGAACCCCUCCACCGCAGACAUGGACUGGCCAUCGCUGCCCUCCAACCUGCUGGACUUAUUCCCUUCCAGCACCCCGCAGAAGGAUGAACCGCCGGUCCCGGCGGCUGCUGUGGCCUUUUCCCCCAGGACACCCCCUCCUGCCACCCCCCCUGCCAGCCCAGCGCGCUCCGAGACCCCCAGCCUGGAGUCCGAGUGGGAAUGCCCCAAAUCAUUGCAUCCCACCAGGAGCAAGCGGGGCGGGCAGCCCAGCACGAGGCUUCGGAAGCGGAGGAAGUGUCCAUCUCCACCCCUGCAGAGAGGAGAAAGUGCAAAUUGUAAUCGUCCUGAUGUCUCUGGUGAAGGUGAUGAGGAUUGAAGACAAUGCUGAUGAGUGGAAUGCUCAGACUGGCUGUUCAGUGUCCCCCAUGACUCCCACCAAGGACAGCCAACUAGAAGACAGGCCAGGGGACAACACUGGGCUGCACAGCUCAGGUGAGUCACAUCUGGAGCGAUAAAUCCACAGGUAGGCUUUAGGGGGUGUGGGCAUUGAGGUGGGACAGUUUGGAGCACCUCUGUGGAUCCCCUGGUCCCAUAGUUUGCUUGAGGAUGAGCACAGGAUGACUCAUGUAUGUGAGACAGGCAGAUCUCCAUGAGAAGGGUGUUGGCUUGGAGACAAGGAAGAGAGCACUGAGAGGUCCUGUUUGCUCAGGGAGGUGCUAAGAAAGGCUGUCAGCCUGGUCCCUGUGGGAACAACUCAAGUCUUUUUCCUUCAGAUGGUUCACAGCUUUCCUGCUGGCAGUUGUCCAGUUUGGAUCAUGCCAAACCAGUCUGAUUAAGCCACGGAUGUCACCUAAAAUUCACGGGCAUCUCACCUGGUUCUCACCUGAGGGUGUGGAAGCAAAGCACUGAGCGUGCCAGCACUCACAAGCAAACAUCCUGGUAUCACUUCAGUGCCCAAACUGCUUUUCCUCCUGACCCAUAACCUCAAACCAAGCACGAGGAAGCUUGUAGGGUGAUUCAUCUGGAUCUACCCCACCCUGGAGUAUUUGUCCCCCCGUGGAGGGGACAACCUGCUGCUGAAUCAUCUCCAGAAAGGUUGGGCUGCCCACACACCAUGGGAACCGUUUUGCUCCAGGCCAAAUCAUUCUAAUAAUUAUUAGAAAUAAUUGUUAUUUCAAAUAGCUCUAAUUUAUUCCUGAUAAGGAAAUUAUCGCACACCCCCUACUGCUCCAUCCCCCAGCAGCCCUGCUACAGAAGGACCCCCUAAUCUGGAGAUGGGAGAUAUAGGCUGAA